GACCUCUGCUACCACUCUUCCAGUCACUUCCAUCAUACUUACUCGUACAUAGACAACCACCAGCUUGCAUCUCGCCCUCUUGCAUUCUAUCGGACAUAGGACUGACCCAGCGUAUGCCAAGGCAGACUCAAGAUAUUGAUAGAAAGAUAUGAACAAGAUCUCCGCCGAGCGCAACCAACGCACCCUCUUGGAGCUCGCGAGUGUACCGGGAAAUGAUGCCUGUGCAGACUGUAGGACACGCAAUCCUCGAUGGGCGUCGCAUAGUCUCGGGAUUUCAUAUGGUGCCAUGAACUGUGCGAGCAUCCACAGGAAAAUGGGGACGCAUAUCUCUAAAGUAAAGAGCCUCACCAUGGAUACUUGGACGAAGGAACAGGUCGAGUUUAUGAAGAGCAACGGGAAUGUGAAGUCCAACGCCUACUACAAUCCAGACGAGACAAGGCAUCCACCGCCUACCAAUAUGGUAGACUCGGAACGUGAUAGCGAUCUGGAGAAAUUCAUCCGAUCAAAGUACGAGUUCAAGUCUUACAUCAACCGGGGUGCUGCAGCAGCGGCGCUCCUAGGACCGUCCAAGUCUCACAAUCGAGUGUCACCCGGUCCACCGGCCCGAUCGCAGACAGUUCCUGCUCCCGCUCCCCCCGCGGCAUCCUCGGCCCCUCCCGUUCCUCCGAAGACACCUCUAAUAAACACCGCACCAGCGCCGUCCACCGCAACAACAACCUCACCAAUGGCCCAGCCUUCGACGACUGCACCUAGCGCGUUCUCUUCUCCUCAAUUCCGUUCCGUAUCUCAGCCAGUGUCGAGCUCGCCGACAUCAUUUACACCGCACACCGCCCUUCCAUCCGGCAUGCAGGCACAACAGCCACCCGUGCAGCAGUCUUCGACGUGGACUGCCCUCGCCUCGUUGCAAACUCCAUCCAGCUCUGCCCAAUCCACCUUCACUCCAUCCCGACCACUCCAGAUGUCCCAGGGACAGCAAGCAAACUCUUCACAAUUCUCCGCGUCUCCCCAGCCGAACAUAUACUCAGGCCUCUCUGCCUCCCCUAGCUCACCGUUCCCGUCUUCUGUCUCAUCCUUUGCAACCGGCGCAGGUCAGGGAGGUGUCCCGCGCAGCAUGAGUCUCGGCACUGGUCUUGCGCUCAACGUCAAUGUCGGCUCCCCAAUGAUUUCGAGCCUCACACCUGGCGGGGCGUCACCUUACCAGACAACGUCACCAUACCAGACAUCGACGGCCUUGGGCGCGUCAGCGCCGUUCCAACCCAGUCCUUCGCCGUUCCAACCUAGUUCUUCGCCGUACCAACCCAGUUCUGCGCCGUACCAACCCAGUCCUUCACCGUAUCAACCCAGUCCUUCGCCGUUUCAGCAGCAACCUACCAGCGCGUCGCCGUUCCAGCCACAAGGAAACCAUGGGCUCGGACUGUCCGCGCCCAGCGCGAAUCCGUAUGCAGGUCUGUCGGCGAGCCCCAUGGGCGGCGGGGCGUUCCCGGUGCAACAGACGGGGUCGUUCCAGCCGCAGUCGUCGCCGUACAUGCAGGCGAGCUCGCAGCAGGCCCAGCCGACCUCGCAGCAGCAGUUCUUCCAGCAGCAGUCGCUAGGUCAGAUGCCCAUGCAGCCCGCUUUUGGCAGCGGCGCGAACCCGUUCUUCCAGAAUCAGUCGCCGGCCCAGCCCCAGCUCAGCCGCAGCCGCAGGCCCGGCGUACAAUGCGGCAACCCGUACAAUGGCUGGCAGGGCCAGCAGCAGUACGCGGGGCAGCAGUGGACCGGCAUGUGAGUGCAUCCGUGUGGACGAUCGGUGAUAUACAUAGACGGACCGGAGCGUAACGUACAUCGCUUGCAAGCGUAAUCGUGUUGAUACUGAGCGGAUUCACCGCCUAAUCAGAUGUUUACAAUUCAGUGCAGCGCGUCCGCGCGAUGCGUUUAGUCUUC